AUGGUGAGCGUAAAAGCAUUGCCUUCCUUGUUACCCGACGAGCCCAAGACUCACCAUGUCGGCAACCCCCCAAAAAGCUUUCAGAAUCCCUGGCCUUCACAUAAUCCCACCCACGGCGGUCCAAUUAGUGCGCUCAAAUGUCGAUUCGCCAGAGACCGACCUGAAUUUGUGCCUGUACCGGCUGAUCGAUCAGGACUUGUGCCAGUCCAAAAGGUCGAUUUCUCAAACUCGGACCCUGGCUUCAAAGUGACGUGGAUUGGCCAUGCAAGCUUCUUAUUACAGACCAGCAGACGAGAAGGCGCAACCAGAGGAAUCAACAUCCUCUGCGAUCCUGUCUUCUCCGAAAGAACCUCCCCGUUCACCUGGCUUGGGCCGAAGAGGUACACGCCAACCCCGUGCACCCUGAAGGAUCUUCUGGACGCCGUCGAUAUUGAUGUCGUGCUGAUCAGCCACAACCAUUAUGACCACGCCGACGAGGAGACGUUGAAGGCUAUCUAUGCCAAGCGGAAAUCCAAUGUGCACUUCCUAGCUGGCCUGCACAACGCGCGCUGGCUUAGUGCUUUUGGCGUCGACCGCUCGCAUAUCACAGAGCUCGACUGGUGGGACGGAGUUGAGAUUCAGGUAGAGAACGCUGGAAUUGUCCGUAUCACCUGCACCCCGACCCAACACUUUUCGUCUCGAUGGAUCAAUGACCGAGAUCAUGAUUUGUGGUGCUCAUACGCCAUCCACGACCUCAACGAGACAGGCAAGAAAUUGUACUUUGCCGGCGACACGGCUUAUCGAAGAAUACCUGCCAAGAACAUGUCUCGAGAAGAGGAGGAUGCGCAACCUGUCUGCCCAACAUUCAAACAGGUCGGUGAUUUGCUUGGCCCGUUCGAUCUGGCGUUGUUACCGAUCGGCUUGUGUGAGCCACGAGAGUGGAUGUCGAAUGUUCACGCAAACUCUUGGGAUUCAAUCCGCAUCCAUCAAGACGUUCGAAGCAAGAAGUCCAUCGGUAUGCAUUGGGGCACCGUGCGCGGAGGUCUGUCUCAACAAUAUGAAGACGUGAGGACGCCGCCGAAGAACUGGAGGAGAGCGGCUGAGGAGGCUGGCUUGAAAUGGAGUGAAGAAAUUGGAUUGAUGGAUGUUGGAGAGACUUUGAUCAUAGGCCGAUGA